GCUGCUGGCUGCUGUGCCUUCACCCAGCCAGUGCUGGAUAAAGAGACCAGGUCUGGCCUUCAGGGGCCCUGCUCCUUGGCAAGCUCCGAUGCUGGUCGCUGUGUGGCUUAGGUGAAGUUAUAUACACUCUCUGAGCUGUGUAGAUGUCUAGGAAGGAUUCUGCUGAUCCUUCCUAGGUCAGCAGGGAGUGAGGGAGCCAGGAAAGAAAUGAGGUCUCCUGCUUCCCUGUUGGCAUGCUAGUUUGACCUCAAAUGACAGCUGUGUGCUAGCUUCCCAUUAACAUGUACAGAGGUAUUAAGAACAUGGAUUAGGUUGGAGUGCAGGGCCUAGAGCUACAGCCUGCGGCCAAAGGGCUUCACGUGGAGGGAAGAUUGUUUCAGAGAUGGUGUUAAGGAAGCCUGAAGUCACGAGUGUGCUCAGGCCUGUGUGGCAGAGGUGGUAGGCCAGGCUCCCAGAGACAAAAUCCUUCCGUGUGAGUGGUCUGCUCCUUUGGGAGGGAAUGUCUCAGCUAUAGGACAGAUGGCCCUUUCUUCCCAGCUGUGAAGGGAGAAGGCAGCUGGCUGUUGGUUGCCCAGGGUCAUAGAGAUGUGGGUGGAGUUUCUCCAGGGAGCCAAGAGCUCUAGAGCCCCUGUGCUCUGCACAGGGAUACAAGCUGAAUGUCAGUCUAUGGUGGCUGGGUGCAUGACACUCCUGCAGACUGGAGCAGCGGGCUUCCUGAAUCACUCGGGGUGCCGGGUGCCGAUUAGAAGCGACAGGCCCCGCCUGUGGCCCCAGGUGGAGAGCCUCAUUUCUUGAAAGCCCUUCGAGGAGUACCAGGCAGCAUCUUCAGUGGGACCCUAGGGAGCAGUGCUUGACUCUUCUAACACAUUAGAGAAGACUGCACUGUCCUGCAGAAACUGAGGAGGGACUGCAGAAAGGAAGACAGAGGACACCGGCCAUCUUUGGUCCAGGAAAUACUUAAGCUAGGGCUUAAGGGUACCGUUACCAAGGAGACAGUGUGGACUAGUAAGCUGUGGAGAGCUGCUGGCAUUGAGAGGCCCCACCCUGUGACUCGCCUCUGCGGGCUUCUGCACUUCCCGUGAGAGGCCCAGAAAGAGUCUUAAGUGGGAUGCUGUGUUGCCCUUGAAGGUCCUGGGCCAUUCACACUCUGAAUGUUUAGCACUGAACCUGGGAAAAGAACAGUGCAGGCUUCGGCGGAGGACAGCCUCAGCUGAAGCAGGAGAUGGGGAACACAGUGAUGGACAUUAUUCAGAACUACAGCGUCAAUGCCAGCAGCAGCCGCGAGGAGGCUUGGGACUAUGUGCAGGCGCAGGUGAAGUGCUGUGGCUGGGUCAGCCCCUCCAACUGGACACGUAACCCGGUGCUCAAGAACUCUACCAAGACCACUUACCCAUGCUCCUGUGAGAAGACGAAGGAGGAGGACAACCAGCUCAUUGUGAAGAAAGGGUUCUGUGAGUCUGACAACAGCACCGCAAGUGAAAACAGUCCUGAGGACUGGCCUGUGCACCCGGAGGGGUGCAUGGAGAAGGCUCAGGCGUGGCUACAGGAGAACUUCGGCAUCCUUCUGGGCGUGUGUGCUGGUGUUGCUGUCAUUGAGCUGCUGGGGUUGUUCCUGUCCAUAUGUUUGUGCCGGUACAUUCAUUCUGAAGAUUACAGCAAGGUCCCCAAGUACUGAGGCUGCUGAUGUCCCCACUGUCCUGUGUUUCUCCACCCUCAGUCUCCCACAGGGCCUCUAGAGCUUUCCCACAUGAGCCGUGCUCCAUCUACUACUGAGGCCUCUGGCCCACCCUGGGAAGGUUGUAGGAACUUUCUGGGCCUGGGCCCUUCUCCCUGCCUUUCUGCCACCAAUAUGGGGCCCUUACUGUCCUGUAGCUCUUCCUCCUACUGCCUGGAAUAUUUUUAACAGCUUGAAAUGGCUCCCAGUAUUACUGUACACAGGAUAGCUGGGUCCCCACCCUGAAGUCAUAUUAUAACAAUAUAAUAUUAAAAACCAGGGAGGGUGGGCUAGCACCCAUGGCUGCCCAGGGAAAGGCCACAGGAAAGGUUAGUGGUUUCCCCACUGUGACACUUUCUUUAUGGGUUUUCAAUGUUUCUGUGGGAGACAGGGUAGGCAGUUCUUGUACACACUUGGAAUACUCCCCCCAAGCUCAGUUCAGCAGGGAACUGAACGGAGAGGCUGCCUGGGGGACUGGCCCAGGUAGCCCCCAGUGAGCUUUUCCUUGGUGAGGGACCUGACAGCUUAGGGGCAUGGGUCCCUCAGGUCUGGCAUAAGACCCUGAGUUGUCUGGACAAGAGAAGGAGGAUCUGGACUGGUAUUUCUUGGCAGCUGUCCCCUGUCCCCUGGGCUAAGGGUGGGUGAGGCUGUGCCUUGCAGGGUGGGGGAGGGUUUCCAUAUGCUCAUCUCUGAAAUCAACUAUUAAAGGAGGAUUUGUAACAAUCCA